AUGAAACUUUUAUAUUCCCUUUUAUUAUUUGUAGCUUUAGUUUGUAAUCUUGCCUAUUCACAUAUUGGUAUUGAUUUUGCAUUUGGUUCAAAUGUUGCAGACCUUUCCUGCUUCAAAGGUAAAGGUUACAGCAAAGCAAUCAUUAGAUGUUAUCAAUCAAUUGGUCAAAUUGAUCCAAAUUGUAAAUCAUCAAUUGAAAAUGCUAAAAAAGCAGGUUUAUCAGUCGAUGUUUAUAUUUUCCCAUGUUACAAUUGUGGUAAUCCAUCAAAUCAAGUUGAAUCAACUGUAAAUUAUAUUAAAUCAUAUAUCGAUAAUAAAUCAGUAGGUACUGUUUGGUUAGAUGUUGAGGGUCCAGGUGCAUAUUGGUCCAAUGAUCAUUCAGCCAAUGCUAAAUUCUUUGAAGGUCUUGUAGCCGGUGGUAAAAAAGCUGGUGCUAAAAUUGGUGUUUACACAUCAGCAUCACAAUGGGAACCAAUUAUGGGCUCAUACACUGGUGGUAAAGACUUCCCAUUAUGGUAUGCUCAUUAUGAUAAUGAUGCUUCAUUCAAAGAUUUCACUGCCUUUGGUGGUUGGAGCAAACCAUACAUGAAGCAAUAUCAAGGUGAUGUCUCAGAAUGUGGUUUAGGUGUUGAUAAAAACUAUUGGGCUUAA